UGAUUCAGACAGCUGCUCGAUUGUACGGUGGCGUGAAAAGUGCAGCUAGGUCGGCAAUACCAAGUGAGCCGCAGUGUUUGUUCCGUUUUGUUUGAUAUUUUCCUUCACUAACCGACUGUUCCUCGCUCGCUUCGAAAGGGAAAAACUGUGCAUCCUCCGUCGAUCGGUGAUUUUCCCCCUGGAGUGCAAUUGUCCGCUGCGGGGUAAGGUAGGAAAUACCACCAAGCGGCCGAAUUUGUGAAAGAAGCACACCACCAGGGUAGCGCUCCUGGAGUACUCGCGUUGGAUUCGAAGAGGGUGAAGAUGGUUCUAGCGGAGCGAACAGCGGAGGCAGGCGUGCGGAAUGGGAAGCGAUCGCGAGGCCCAAGCCCUAACGGUCAUGCGGGUGCCGGGGUGGUCAGCACUUCCGGCGCGGCCGGUGGCGCUACCGACUCCAGCUCGGACGACGAAAACUCUCGCAAGAAUGGCAACUCUUCGAAGGCAACAAAGACCAAAAGCGAAUACGAAGAGAAAAUCCGCGUAGGCCGUGACUAUCAGGCCGUUUGCCCGGAGCUUGUAGCGCCGAACGAGCGCAAACCGGAACAGCUGAACGAUCGAGCGCUGCUUGUAUGGUCCCCGACGAAGGAAAUUCCUGACAACAAAUUGGAAGAAUAUAUCACCGUCGCUAAAGAAAAGUAUGGAUACAACGGUGAGCAGGCCCUGGGGAUGCUGUUCUGGCACAAGCAUGACCUCGAGCGAGCCGUCCUGGACUUGGCCAACUUUACACCCUUCCCGGACGAGUGGUCCGCCGAGGAUCGGGUUCUGUUUGAGCAAGCGUUCCAGUUCCACGGGAAGAGCUUUCAUCGCAUCCGGCAGAUGCUUCCCGAUAAAUCAAUUGCAAGUUUAGUGAAGUUUUACUACUCCUGGAAAAAGACCCGCAGCCGAACGAGCGUUAUGGAUCGGCAGGAAAAAAUGAAAAAGAACGACAGCUCGGAGAAUGGCAGUGACCACGGAAGCAACGAAGAGUCAGACAAUGAGGACAAGCCUUCGUCGAACAGUUCGGCAGCGGGAACGAACAGUGGCAGCGCCGGGAAUAACAACCCGAACACUCCUAACAGUGGUGCGGGUGGUGGUAGUGGCAAAAGCAAUGAUGCCGAGAACGAAACCAAUGGCAGUAGUUCCGGCCCUGCCGCUGGUGGAGCGACCAACGAGGGGUCACUCAACUGCGCCGGAUGCGGGGUGACGUGCAGCGAAUUGCAUGCGUCAUCGCAUGGCAAGCUCUGUGGCAGUUGCCACCAUCACUGGAGACGCACCGGCGUGCUACGUCCAACGACCGGGCCGUCCUUUAUGAAUAAACGUACACGGGGCUCGAACAUCCUGGGCAAAAGUGGCGACAGCCACAAGCGCCGCCCGCCCAAGGGCAUGUACAUUAACCACGACGACAUUGUGAAGCUUGCCAGCUCUGCCCAGAACAACAACGGUGGUACCGUUGGCAGUGACGGUGGCGUUAAGAAGGUUGUCCAAAAUAACGACCUGUUGGCCAGCAUGGAUCGGGAAAUCGUUUCACUCUUGACUCAAAUUCAGAACAACAAACAAAAGUCCAGUGGACUCAAGCGCAAGAUAGACGAUGUGCUGGAGGAACUGAAGCCACCGGAAGUGAGCUCCGUCCGUUUAAACUCCCGUUGGAACAACGAGGAGCUAAUGCUAGCGGUGCAAGGUGUUCGAAUGUACGGGCGAGAUUUCCAGGCCAUUGCGGACACACUCGGUUCGAAAACCGAAACGCAAGUGCGCACUUUUUUCAUGAACUAUCGGCGCCGAUUUAAUCUGGACGCUGUGCUGAAGGAAUUUGAAGCCACCAACUCGAAACAAACGCAAGAGGUGCUGGGCAGCACGAAAGAAUCGCUAGACCAGUCGAAAGAUUCCACCGAGAUGACGUCGGACGCUACCGGUGGUAGUAAUGGUGGUGCGACUGGCGCUCCGGCUGCUGCAAGCACUGGCGGUGACACCGAAGGGACUGCCGAGCCACCGAACAGACAGGACCAUUCCGACGAUAAGGACAAGGAAGAGAAAUCGGUGUCGCCGGGUGGAGAUGUGGAAAUAAUGGAAGUGAAAUGAAGAAACACAGAAAUCGAACCAUCACAACCAGUCACAGCCACUGGAACGGAGCGAAACGGACAUUCUAACCAUAUGCUCGGGGAGUCCAGCUGAGCGAGUGGAAUUGGUUUCGUAGUGCAUUUUCGUUAGUAUAAGUUAGGAUGUAAAUGAUGGGAAAGCAGCUGGUACCACAGAGGAUGAAAUGAUAAACAUGGACCUCAUUCGUUGUCCCCGUUCUCUGUCCCUAAUAUUCUUUCGCACUCUCACUCUCUCUCUCUCUCUCUAUAUAUAUUUAUCUUCUAAUAAAUUGAUAAAAAACGAGUGGAUGAAAUUGAAGCCUAGCAAAACAUGACCAUACUAUAUGCACGGACUUGUGAUAACGAUCCUUUCAGAUUGAUCUUGUCGAUGACGACAACAACAGGGUAACUGCGACGGCGAACGGUAAAUCAAAGGAGCCGACCGAUUCGGUACUGAUCAGCAGUAAUAACAUGAUCGACGACGAUACCUCGAUCAACAACAUGGAGUCGGUCUCCGUGAACUCGCUGUCCGCAGCAAUCACGCUCGACAGUAGUUUGUCGAUGGACGUGGAUGAGGUGACGAUCACGCCCAACAUCAAGGGCAAUGAUGCUGCCGACGCGUCCAAUACUGUCAUUAUUCAGUAGAAUUACCCCGGACGCGAGCGGGUCGUGAGAAAGAGCGAACAGGGAAGGGGAGGAUACACACCCCAUGAAGAUACGGUACCAGAAACGGUACAUCUCUCAUUGAAGGAAUUUACACCAUUAUCAUUUGAUGCCCAAACAUUAAAACAAAAAUAAACAAAACACUCCUGGAAAGCCUUUGGCUCUGCAUGAUCGUAAGCAAACAGCUCUAAACGCACGGUAAAUGGAGCUACAGAACAUUAGGAAUGCAUUGAUAGUAGUGGUAGUUUGUAAGGACACGGACGGUAGACCGUUAAAGGGAACUAACGAUGGGGGAACUAACGCCUCGGGGAAACGACGCGAAAGAGAGAUCUAGAAAGGAAGAAAGUAGAAGGAACACAGCUUUCCCGGGAGUGGAGUGAAGCUACAGCUUAGGUAGAAUAAAAGCAAUUUCCUAUCAUUACAUUUAACAUGCACCCUUACUAACGAUAUACUAGACUGUAUGAUACAAGAAGGUGGUGGUGUACGUGUGUGUAGCUGAGGUUGCUUUUGUUCUCUUUCUUUCUUUCUAUCUUUCUUUCCACCGGGCGAUGGCGGAUAUAGGAAUUCUAAAAUAAUUGGCAAGACGCGUGACGCGAGUAUUCACUGUUACACACAUUCGCACACACACACACUGAAACAGACGUGCUACACACUAAGACACAUUUUUAAAUUUGCUUGUUGGGAAUCGUGUUUUUGCCGGCGCUAGUGUUUCCUAGUGUGUUCGCCUGUGUAGUAUUUUUGUUUUGCUCCUGUUUAACGCUUAGUGAUUAGUUGAGAUGGAGAGGAAUUUACCCAUGUUUCCCUUUUCGUUCCGCCAUAGCCGGGCCGCCCCGCGGACAUACAGGGCGGCACACGUAUAUGCAGUGAAAGAGUGAGUGAGCGACAAGAAAAGAAAAAAAGUUUGUUAGGAGCUGUUGUUUUCUAUCGAGGUAGUAAGGUCCGUCCCAUCCAUUUCAGUGCGCGGUUAUCUUUUCGCAUCGGUAUGCACUUUUGCCAAAGUUUUGAUACGUUGAUAUACGCAGACGAAUGUACUGUUUCGGGUUUGAAGUUUGUGAAGCUCACCGCCCCCUUUAUAAUAUGCAUAUCGUUUGCCUGCUGGCGGAGCGAAAAUGGAAAAUGGGAAACUGGACGAAAAGAUUACGUAUUUUCAUAUAAGUAUGCCUUUUUAAGACCUAGUAAUUAUUGUUGUCGAACAGUUUACGGUUCGACUGCCGGUGAGCGCGCCACUACAGGCCAUGAGCAGGAGACAAGUUAAUGCUUCUUCUUUUUUCUCCUUCGGUCAUUUAAAACAGAAAAAUUCAUGCACUCAAAAACUCGGAAAGAGCACUGAUCGAAAUGCAUGUUUGAAUAAAAACUGAAACAAAAAGACGCGCAUACACACGAAGUAACAGCAAAAUAGCAAUGUGUUCGCCUGUAAGGGCCACCACUUGAAGGUUGAAUGCUCGGGUUCCAAUUUUGAUCAUCAACGAUGGUAGUAGGCCUAGUGUUAGCUUUAUUUCGCUGCUCCGCUCCGGUCAGUUGAGGCUUCACAUAUCGGCGACACUAUUGGCAAGUGACUAUUGAUUCGUUCCCCCAUUUUUGGGCCUUGUUUUGAUUGUCGCGGGUUGGUCAAGCUUAUCCUUGAUUCUUUUUACACGUCCACAUCUUUACACACAUACACACAUCUAUAUGUAUACACAUACGUAGCAUUGCUAUAAAAAUGCCAUCGGAGAGACACAUUCGUCCUGUGUGUGGGAAUGAUUAAAAAAAAAUCAAAAAAACUAACUAGAGCUAGGCCGAAGCAGCAGAUAAAUAUGCAGGCUUGUGAGAAGUGCCUCUUCUUGGAAGCGACAGGAAGAGGGGUUCAGGAGCGUGUGGGAUGCUGUUACUGCUGCUGAAACGCAAAUGACAAUGUAAUAAAACAGAGAAAAGGACGGAAAAAGCAACAACGAUCGGCCCUACUCAGUAGGUAGAACGUGGCAGUGGAGCGUAAUACAGAAGAAAAACGAAAACAGUGAGAUGGGCAGUGUUUUCUUUUAAACCCUUUGUAUAGCGAUAAUGUAGUAGAGCAUAUUGGACAGCCAAACACACUCACUAGCUACGCCCUAGCACGACAGAGAGGAGCAAUGUUCAGUUUUGAAAUGAUAACGACGAUGAUCAGGACACAUUCAAGCAGAUAACACGUGCACAGAAGUAAAGGGAUACGACAGACAGGAGAGACAGUGUAACAGCAACAGGUUUGAUCGUUAAGCGGCACACAGGAGGUGCGAUUUUAUAACGUUUCAUUAUGCGACUAUGAAUGAAUGCUAUCGAUAAAUAUUUAACUAAGCGAGACAAAACAAAACAACAACCGGUUUAGUGCAGAGAAUAAAAAUCAAUAACCAAUUCAA